UCUUGCGUACCCACUCUCUCUCCCUCUCUUCCUCUCUCUCUCUUUCUGCUGGAACGCACGGACCUCCGCCGCUGUCCAGGGAUAAUACACUCGCUUUCUUCGUCUGUGCCGCUGCAGAACGGACCGUAAAGCUGCAUGCUGCCUCUUCCUCCCUGCCAGACGCAGACCCCGAUCAAGAUGCUGAGCGAGCCAAUUGUUUGGUGGACUUGAUGCAACUGCAAUCCUUGCAUUCUGCUUUAUCAAACUUCUUCAUUAAAGCAUCUCAUCAAAUAUUUAUUCUAUUCUAUUUAAUAUUUAUUUAUUGGACUUCUUCAGACUUAAUCACAAAAAAAAAUAAAAAAAUUGGGAAAUGUAGGAGAUGCAAUUUUCCUCAUGCUGCUACCAUCACUAACACAUCACAUGCCCCACUUCUGAGAUUUCUUGUCUGUGUAGAAAGAACCAUUUGCUGGGACAACAUCUGUUUCCAUGCUUGAGUGGACAGAGGGAAAUCAGAUCCACUUCGACCACAACACCACCAACGACAGCACAAUUUUAACAUCUUCUGGGAAAAUAUAGCAGAAGAUUCAUCAUCAAAAGGACACAUUGUUGAUACAUAUAAAGAACUUCAAAGUUAUAUAUUCAAACUCAUUGCCAUCCAGACCCAGGAGGCUCAACUGAUACUCUACUCAGCCUGUCCUCGAUUGGCAGGACUUCACUAGAGUUACUCAUUACUUGCUUUGCUGGUGGUCAGCCCAGGUGUUACCAAAUGCUGUCAUACCCAGGUGAUUGUGUGCACACAGGCUUUCAUUACUGACGACUGGCAGAUGAUCUAAGGACAUCAAACUCGAGGCCUUCUGCCUUUCACUGAGAGAGAGUAUUUCCUCAUCUGUGUUGUCAAGACGUACAGUUGUCAGGGGCCAUGAGUAGCUGCUGGGGUGACAGUCUCCAAAACCCUUUGACGUGGAACACCUAAAAUGGGGACAGGACUUGCUGCCAUGCUACAAGCUCAGCUCUAAUCACCGUGAAGACGCCCAUCCGUUCACCUUUCUCUCUACUUAGAUUUGGCCUGCUUGCCCCUGACCUGCACCCUUCUUGGUUUGAAACUGCUGCUCGCUGCCUUCCUCCCUUCAACUCCUUUCUUUUCAUCCUUUCUACUGAGGCUACCUCAAACACUCCUGAUCCAAACCAUGGCCAGCAGACUCCGUUUGUCCCCUCUGUCUCCCUCCUUGUUUCUCUCCCUCCUGCUCCCUGCACUGUUGCUCCUCCACUUGCCUGGCAUGGUAAAAGGGGACUGCUGGCUGAUAGAGGGGGAUAAAGGCUACGUUUGGCUGGCUAUCUGCAGUCAGAACCAGCCUCCAUAUGAGACCAUUCCCCAGCACAUCAACAGCACGGUUCAUGACCUGAGGUUGAAUGAGAACAAACUUAAGGUUGUGCUUUUUACCUCCAUGUUCCGCUUCACAAACCUUACUGACCUCAAUCUUACCAAGAACGAGAUCAGCUACAUCGAGGACGGGGCAUUUGCUGGACAGGCCAACCUACAGGUUCUCCAGCUGGGCUACAACAAGCUGACCAACCUGACUGAAGGCAUGUUGAGAGGUCUGGGUCGAAUGCAGUGCCUCUUCUUACAACACAACCUCAUUGAGGUCAUUGCCACCAAUGCCUUCUGGGAGUGCCCCAGCCUCAGCAGCCUGGACUUAUCUUCCAAUAAGUUGGCCCGUCUUGAUCCAUCUACCUUCACUGUCCUCAACAGGCUGAUGGUGUGUGAGCUAGCAGGAAACCCGUUCCACUGUGGCUGUGAGCUCUACAGCUUUCUCACGUGGCUGGAGGCUUUUAACAAUGUCACCCACACCUAUGACCGCCUCCAGUGUGAAACCCCUCUGGAAAUGACUGGUUAUCCACUCCUGAGCCCGGUGCCCGGACAUGGAAGAAAUGCCCGUUACGCUCUUUUAUCCAUGUGUCGUGAUGGUGUGAUAAUUCCAGGGAUGACCUCCCAAACGCCAGAUCAAGAUGGCUCAGGGAUGGGUUUGGACAACCCAGACCAAGGUCUGUACCACCAGCCAACCAUAUCGUCCACUGCUGACCCCACCUAUAGCCAUCAGAUUUCUAUGAAGCUUCAAACUGUCACCCUCUACACUGCUUCUCUAAUGGUGCAGAUCCCACGACCAUACAGUAAGAUGUACAUCCUCUCCCAGUACAACCACACUUUUGUUGAAGACAUCAGGCCCCUUAAAAAUAAGAAGGAGUUAAUUACUUUGGAUAAGCUGAAACCACACACAAACUACACCUUUUGUGUGGCUUCUGCAAGCAAAUCUCAGCGCUACAACCACACCUGUCUGUCCUUUACCACACGAGCUAUGGGGCAAGAGGACCAGGGAACCAAUCCAUCCACAACUACCCACUACAUCAUGACCAUCUUGGGAUGUCUCUUUGGCAUGGUCAUUGUGCUUGGAUUUGUCUAUUACUGUCUUAGACGCCGACGCAUCCAGGAAGAGAAGCAGAAAGCUAUAAGCGUGAAGAAAACUAUUUUAGAGAUGAGGUACGGCCCAGAGGCAGCUGCGGCAGUGGCCAAUGACCCAGGUGCCAUGCAGCGUCUCCAGGAGCAGGCUCACCACCAGCACCACCAUUCAGGAGGAGCAGGAGGCAAGCUACCCCCGUCAGCCUCCUCUAGCACAGGCAUGCUCCAUGGCUCAGGCAACACCAGCUCUUCCCGCCUCUCCACCUUGCCACAAGUGGAAAAAAUGGCCACUGCCUUCUCUGAGGCAAUGGGCAGCAAGGGCAACUAUAUGGAUGUGAGGACAGCAGGAGUGGCAGGGGAAGGCAGGGAGGGAGGGGUGGCAGCUGGAGGAGCAGGGGUAGGAGGGGAAGUAGUUGUGGAUAUGCGAGGUGGGGCUAAGAAUGGGACUGAGGCUGGGGAGGAUUCAGAUGACGAUGGCCGUGGCUCAGCAUCAGAGAUCUCCACCAUCGCCAAGGAGGUGGACAAGGUUAACCAGAUCAUCAACAACUGCAUUGAUGCCCUGAAGCUGGAUGCCUCUGCUAAUGUUGUGACCACGGCUGACAAUGCCAACUCUGUGUCCUCCUCCCAGCCUCCACCUUGCAUUGCAUCCCUCCCCCGCAACCUACUGCCCCUCUCUCCAGGUCACCCUGGAGAUCAGAUCAUGGCCUCCUCUCCAAAGGUGCAUCCAAAGUCCCACCCCCAGCCUCAUCCUAAGCCACAUCCUCAGCUACAUCAGCAGCCUCAUCCGCCUUCUAUGGCCCCAGUGCCCUUGGUCAUGCCCCUGUCUGAACGGCCGGGCAUCAGCGGUGGGGGGUUCCUCUCCCCUCCUUACCGUGACCCACCCCCGGCCAAUGCAGUGCGGCCCCUUCAGAGGCAGUUGAGCGCUGACACUGCUGUGGUGAAGAACCGUUGUGGUGCCCCUGCUGUGGGAUCUGUCAAGAGCACCAGGGUGUUCAGUGUGGAUAUCCCUGAGCAGCGCAGUGAUCCUCCCAAGUACCCAACAGAAAAAGGCAGCCCUGUGGGUUGUGGUGGAGGGGGUGGAAGUGGAGGAGUUGGUGGAGUAGGGGGCUGCAACGGGAAUGGGAUGGGAAACAUAAAUGGUGGUGGAGUGAGCGUGAAUGGGGGUGGGAUGGGGUGUAACAACGGGAGUGGAGGUGGAGGUGGGGUGGUUGGGCCUGGACAGCAGCAGCACCACUUGGAGGUUCAGCCAGACUACCACAGCUCCGAGCACCGCCAUUCCUUUCCUGCACUCUACUAUGAGGGUGGCAAUGACUCACCCUCACCGGCCCAAAAGGCCUCAUUCCUCAAGCCACUGGGUCGCGCCAAGAGGGAUGCCACAGCCACCUACUCCCAGCUCUCACCUUCUCGUCACCACAACUACAACUCUGGCUACUCCUCUAGUCCAGAGUAUUCGUCUGAGAGCACACUGCGGAUCUGGGAGCGAUUCCGGCCUUACAAGAAAAGCCCCAGAGAGGAAGCAUCCUAUAUAGCGGCAGGCCAUGCCCUGCGUAAGAAGGUGCAGUUUGCCAAGGACGAGGACCUUCAUGAUAUUUUGGACUACUGGAAGGGGGUUUCUGCCCAGCAGAAGCUGUGAGCAGAGGAAGCAAAGUCGAAUGCUGUAAGGGAGAUCGUGAGGUUGGAUGCCAACAGCAGACUAAUAAAGGGGAUAGAUGUUAAUGUAGCAAGACAGAUAAUGAUGUUUCCUCUGAGGUGUCCAGUGACAUGGGUCAUUUCCCUGCUGGAUCCACAGUUAAAGAGGUAUUCUCUCUAGGUGAUUUUUUUUUUUUUUUUUGGAAUUGAAUAUAUGAUAAUUCAUUGAUAUUUUAAGAGGUCAUAUAUGAGGCUGGUUGUUUUGACCACAAUACUGAGUGAUAAUUAACAAGAUUCAAGCUGUUCACCAGACUACCUCAUACUGGGCACUUUGGUCCCCGCUAGGCUUCCGUAGACCGCUGAAUCUCCACUAAUGAGCAAAGCAAAGGUGGUGACAAGCAAGUGUCUUCUACCUCAUUACUGGCACACUGUAGCUCAGCUAUCUCACCAGAAGCAGCCCCAUUCAUGACUUAAGCUCUGUCUCUUUUUUCUCUAAUCCCAUCAAAACACCACUCACAAAACAAUCAUUCCACAGCACCACCAACACCUGCUCUUCUAUAGAAGCAUCAUUUAGGAAGAUAAUGAGGGACCAGGAUGAGGAAUUAGGUGUGUUUGUUUUCAAAUAACCUGAAUCUCUCUCUUUGGGGGAGGACAUUUAGUGAUACUUAUCAGGCUAAUUGUUCUUCCUGGCAAUUAGCCAGUGUAAGAAUAGGUCAGGGAGGCUAUGUGUUGAGCAUGCUUAUCGAUUUGAAACACCUAACAUAUGUUCAAUGCUGUAUGGGCAUGUAUAAUACAGUUUGGGCAUGCUGGUGAGAGUGAGUGUGUGAGUGGGGUUGGGGCUGGGGCUGAGUGGUCCAUUAUUCUCAGUCUCCUCCUCAGUAGCAAAGUGGAUAGCUUAGUGGAGAUGCUUUGCAUAUAGAUAACAACCCAGUUGGGGAGUUGUGUGUGUGUGUGUGUGUGUGUGUGUGUGUGUGUGUGUGUGUGUGUGUGUGUGUGUGUGUGUGUGUGUGUGUGUGUGUGUGUGUGUGUGCGUACAUCAAGUGUGUUUGGCCCAGCCCUGUCUAUCUAGAUAGCAUGCCCUGAACCCUUUUACGAUUUGCAGGCAUCUUUGUCUCCUUGCCCAUUUCUUAUUUACAGGUGUAGUAUAUUUCUUUUGAUAAGGAAGGCUAUGAGGUAGGGCAUUAACAUUUCAAUAGUGUAAGUCAUGCAGAAAUGGCUUUAGGGUAGGCUAUGCAGGUUGGCAAGAAAGGUAUUAGCUCGUAUAUUAAAGAACCCGGUAAUCACAUUUAGGAAUAAAGGCAGGUUGAGAGCAGGUUAGAGGUUUGCUGCAUCUCAUUUUGAACAUGCCAGUGUUAAGGAGACGAUAUAGGGUUCUUGUAUCCGCUCAAGGCGAGGCUGCAUAGAAACUUAAAAUAUGUCAAAUGCACCCUACACUACACAGUGAGAUAAAACUGAUGGUAAGCGGAGUGAAGGCCCCCGGGAUAUACUCUGCCUCAGACUCUUCACUCAGUAUAUAUGACCCUGCUCAGCUCUGGGCGGGAGCUUGCUAUGGACCAAAGUGCCCUAAGGAGGUAUGGUUUCACAAGUUUCUAUUUACAUUUAUUAUAUUUGCUUUUCCUUUCCAAUAUAAUUAAUAGAGGAUAAUGUAGUCCCAAGUAGCAAGAAAGUAAACUGCCUUGGUUUAAUUUCAUUUAUUAUUAUUUAGGAUUUGGGUUUGAAUUUAUGGGUGUUACAAUGAAAUCUGUUGAAACCAGUAGGAGCAAGGCUUGGUAUUAUUACAGACCAAAUGAGAGACUUUGAUAUGAGAUAUGAUAUUUUUCUCACUUGCAUUCAUGCACAGAACAUUCUGAUACACAAGAGGCACAAAUGCUGAUGAUUCUAACUGUACAAAUCCUUAUGCUUUAGAUAUUCAAAUCACAAGCACUUCUCAUCCAUAUAAAGGUACUUUAUGCUCUCUCCCUGCAUCAACAUCCAUGCUGUCAAAAUAUUAAUUUUACCUGGUUGUGUUUAUUAAUUUUUCUGCCCACUCUUCCUAUCCUCACCACUGGCAUCCUCUCUUUCUCUGCUGUGAUACAUCUCAAUUGAAAAGGUAUGAAUUCUGUUUUAAAAUGUCUGAUUAAUUCAUUCCCCUCCGAGUUUUUUCUCCCUGCCCGCCACCUCUGUCCAACUUAAUGGGGUAAAUUAAUGAGUAAUUUGCGGAGGUUGAUGCCGUACCAUCGUCUGAGGUCAAAAGGGCGUGCUGAUAUAAUUAACUCUGCCAGACUGGGAGCCUGAUUGAAAUUAAUGAUGGCCGCCUUUGUCUGCCUAUCUUUCUUUCUUUCCGUCCCUGCCUAUAUCAUCAGAUGCUUAACCAUUUUCCACCUCUCCCUGUUGCCUCUAACUCCUGCAGACAGCAGUGGUCCUCAAACAAACAAGUCUGAAAAACCAAGGUCAAAUUUAUGCUUCACCAUCACUGUGCAGGUCACGAGCAGGCCAAGGUGAGCUAGUCUGGGAUCUAUCCUCCUGGGUGUUAUUCUUUCUCUUUGAGUCUGAUUGGUCAGGAAGGACCAAUCUGUCAGGCCUGGAAGUAAUGUAUUCCUAUUUUGUUUUCCACUGGGUUAACCCUGAUAUCAUCGUUUUGACAGGGCUUGAAUUCACCCACUGUUCGAGGUGUGAGUUUGAUGGGGAAAGUUAGAGCAGAGGGGGGCAUUUACUCUUUGACCUAUAAAGAUCUAUGUAUACAGAAUGGGCUCUAUUCCAAAGAUCAGCUAGCAGGAGAAAAAUGUGUUGUGAAGUAACAUAAUAAGAUUAUAGUCAUCUGCAUAAAGAUCAUGUCUUAUUGGACUUACCUAAACAGUUAGAUACCUCGACAGGUAAAUGAGAAAAUAUGUUUUGUUAUUUGGGUGAAUCGACCAUUUAAUUAUGCUGUCAUGAUCUACCCACUGUUUCUGAUUUUGAUAUUUCAUUGUGUUUCAUACUGAGUAAUGAUUUUCCCUCUGACCUCUCUAUGUCAUUUGUGGAAGCCAAUCCAAUAGACCCACUAGCGUUCACAAUGGGAUGUCAAAGGCGUGUCAUUACUCUAUCUGAUCAAGAGAACUUUAUUUGGGUGAGUGGGACACACAAAGCAAAUUCCCUUGGGCACUCAUUUUUAUAAAGGGCACAGUUUUCUAUUGCUCAAAUUCCACUGGCAGCCACCCCUACGUGUUAGGUCCAAGGAAUCACCAAUCAAUUAGUUUUAGAUUAGUACCACGGGCUAUGCAGGGGUGGAAGCUUUUUAAAAAUAAUGGCUUAAUUUGGAAAAAUGGGGGGAAUCGAGCUGAGGUUACCUGCAUGUACCCUCAAGGCCUUUCCCUAGAUAUAAGGAAUAACAUUAGCUCAGUUAUUCAUGAACACAGUGUGUCCAAUUGUCAUACUUUAGACUGAAGAUCAUUACUCAUUUCUGUUCAGUGGUUCAGUGUUCUUAUUUGAACCUUCAAACUUUUUUUAUUUAAAACUAUGCACUCACUCUGUAAUUGACUUGUUCUCCAAACAGACUUUAUUCUGCUAGGCACUGUUUGUGUAAAGGCACAUAUUACUACUGUACUAUAAUACAUUUACAUUUCAACAUACAGUCCAUCCACGGUGGCUAAGCCUUGCUCCUCUUCCUCAGUUAAUAUAUUUCCUGUCUUUCCUUUGUUAUUUUCACUUGACAGCAAGGUUUUUGAUCUCCCUCCCUUACAACGAGGGGUGUCUGACUCCAGUCCUCAGGGGCCAGAAUCCACAAGUUGAGACUGACGGAUGUACAGAUACUGUACCUUAGGGAUUUCCUGUGUGUCUUCUCUCCAGUCUGGCCAAUUAAUAACAAUGAUGAAUCAAUUUGAAGGACCGGUGACAUUCUCAGGCUUCCAGUAGAAAAAAUUAACAAUUGAGACGACAUGACUUGUGGCAGUCUCUGAGGAGUAGAGUCAAACCCCCUUUGUCCAGAACUGUGAAUCCAAGAAGUACAUUGGAACUGGUAAUCACGCAUGGUGCCUGCUCUGAAAAAAAAACAAAACCAUCCACUGGGCCUCUUGUUUUCCCAUGUUGGCGUCAUAGAGAGUCUAAGUGCCAAAAACAUUGAGCCAAGAUUAUGGUCUUUGUGAUUAACAGGUACUUUUGGUGGAACAGUUCUGGUGAAGAGACAACAAGCUUUUUAUUAAUCUAAGAGCUAGAAGUAUAGUUUCUCUAUGCCUCAAACUAAUUCAUGGGGGUUUUACACUGUUCUAGACAAUAUUGCUGGCUGCCUCUGGGACUCAUUGCUACGCAAGUUUGGUUUCUCAUUUUAGUUUUGUACAUUUUUGAAGUUCAGGCUUAUUGUAAAACACAAAUCAAUAGUAAUGGAAAAUCAUGGAACAACCCUCUCGAUUGCCUCCCUUUGGAGUUGCAGUUGCUCUCAAUGUGGACCUCUGGCAGAGAAACUGUAGACUUGCAAUGGUUCCCUGGGAAUAGCAGUGAGGUCUCUUUGCUCCUGUUUAAUUAAACUUUUGAAGCCAUGAAAUAAAGUCUGCAGAGGAAUCAUGGACUUUGUUUUAAUGCUGUAAACAUUAAAACAUUGUACAGAUAGAGGCUGGCUUCACACUUGCAGGAUUAAAUCCAGAAGCAAUCCUCUUCCUAUCCCCUUAUGCUCCUUCCUCUUUCACCAUUAACAUGUUAAUGGAACAUAAGAACCAGUCCUGUGAAUAUUACUUUUUGUCACUUCUCUUGGAGUGUAAUAUCACUUUAGAAAAUGUGAGUCUUGGGACAGAUGUUAUGCGAUAAAGGGAAUUCAACAAAAAGUCCCUUGAAUUUAAUCUCUGACUUUGCCCUGGUACAUUUAUCUCCCCUUACAAAAUUGUGCAUUCUGCUAAACAGAAUAACAUUUAUGUUGUAAACAUGUAAAAUAUAAUACCUUUUUACAUCAGAUACAUUUCAGAGGUGGCAGUUUGGUGCAAUUAGAAGAUAUGUAUUUUUGUGCUAUAUUGGGACAGUCCUGCUUUCCACUAUAGGGCUAAACAGGGCUAGCCAGGACUUAAUUCACAAUUCAUUACAGCUACUUCAUUCAAAACAAAAGUUUGAGCAUACAAACAUGUAUGCAGAACUGAUGUACUAGUACUUACUGUCAAGAAUCUUGAUAGGCAGAGCCAAAUGUCCAGGAGGCUUCUUUGCUUUGCCUUGAAGGCAGACCUUCAUCUAAGGCUGGAUAGAGAAAUGCUGCCCUCUUGGAAUGGCAGACCCUCACCCUACCAUGGCCACAAUCUUAAUCACCUCGAUUAUUUGAUUUGAUUAUAUUGUUGGAGGCAAUAUGCAGACUUCGAGAAAGCAGUGCUUGAAAGGCUCAGUUCAGAGCAAGUAUCCCACCCCUUCAAAAAGCACAGAUUUUGUCUAACUAAGAUCCAUUCAACUAAAGCCCAACGAACAAGGCGAGAAAUUACAGAGAAGGUGGUUAACUAUAAUGAAGCCAAGAACUUGUAUUUGAGAUGCAAAAUACAAACUGGCCAGAGUUAGUGUAACUAACCUUCUCAGUUCAUUUAACCCAUAACUUUGGAUAGUUCAAGAGCCAAACUAGCUAUAUAGGCUAGUUACCUGGCCUGUCAUUCUGUUAGCAUUAAUGUUAUGGUAAUGAAUUAAUGAAUAGUGAUUGACUACCUUUUCCAAGGAGUAUAGGUUUUCUGUUAUGUUUCUUUUUGUGUUUGACUAUUAGUUAGUUCGACAUGUCAAAAACUUGUUCACAGAUUACAGUGAAAUGUGGUGGAAGGUUAAGCAAUGGGCCAAGGAACAUGUGAUUACUUUUUGGCGAUGAUCCAGGAAUUUUUAAAUUAUUACUUAAUAUUGACAUAUGAUCCAUUUUUAAACAUUUGUAUUAUUUUCUAAUUCUGUACUGCACUUGAAUGAAACCCCAAUGUAUUUUGCUGAGAUUUGGGUCCAGACUCUGUUAUUUUAAUAAUAGAAAUCAUAAAAUUAUUUUGUAGUCAUACUUUGAGUAUUACACAGCCUUGGCAGAGGUAUGCACUCAUCGAGUAUUUUCUAUUCUGUAAUUUUGAUUUGAACUAUUCAGUAACCUCUCUAUUGCUCUUUGGCUCUGCCUAAAGAAAUUCAGAGAUGAUCUAACUGAAAGCUAGACAGAGACUUCAACCCCUAAUCCAUAUAAACCCUGGCUGUUCUUACUGGCUCUAAAGAGGAAGCAGGACUGUGGUUUAACUGCAAACAAUGCUGUCUGUCUGCUGUUGAGGUUGAGUUGUUAAUUUGUCGAUUAAUUUGUGGGUUGACCUGAUCCGUGGAUCAUUUGACUCAUUGUCAACCGAAUGAGAGACUGACCGAGGGAGUUCCCUUGUGAACCCAACAUACAACAAAAGUGGAGGAGUUUCUACCGGUGGCCAACUGUGACAAACACACAUUCUCACACAAUCACACACGCACAGACACUAAUGUAGAGAAUCAAUGAAUAUACUGUACGUGUUUGAAUAGAUUAGAGUUACACUAUAUGGACAUGAAAUGUGAGAAAACACACAACAUAUAUCUUCCCACACAUAAGUGACCAUACUUAACACAGACACAUACACACACAUUUAUACAAACACCUUCCCACACACACAAAACACAUCAUAUUUACACCUGCCCACACAAAAUAUGGACUAAAUAUUUCUAUCCACGUUUACAGACACAAAUGGUCUUAAAAAGUGCCAAAACGGCGAGUUUUAUGUACAGACAGAUUGGAACCAAACAUCUGUAGAAAUUAACUUAAUGUCUAUACAGGCCUAACAGCCUAUGUGUCUUUGUUGUUUUUGUUAUGUAUUUACUUCUCUGUAUAAUUUAUGCAUUCCUUUUCUCAACUGUUUGUAUUUUAAAUUUCUAAUCUGUUAUCUUUGUGUAUGUUGGAAUGAAAUUGCUUAUUGUGAAUGUCA